UUUGAAAACAAGAGGGAAGAGCUGUCAGCGCGCAUAAAUGUGGGUUUUCAAUUCAUCGUGCAAAAGUCAUCAACGGUCUAUACAUGUGUGGUAAAGGAAUUGACGAAUGAGAUUUGACGCUUGCUAUUGGAUGCGAAGCGCGGUACUCUUCCGGUAUUUCAUUUUUCAGCGAAGAUUUUGAGGUUAAUAAGGUUAAAUGCUGAAAUACUGUUUAAAGAUUGGAGCGUGUGCAGGUGCUCUGGUGCAGCCUAACCUAACUUGCUUUAGAGCCGACAAACAGUCAAAUCAAGCUAAAAUAAUAUUAUUGUAUGUAUUGUUUUGAAAUUAACAUUCCAAAUAGAAAACGAUGUCAGCUGUGAAGCCUGAGGUAAAAAACUGGAAAGAGUACAAUCGCAAACGGAAGGAGUUUCGAAAACAGCAAAAGGAGGAGAAGUUGUUAAAGAAGGCCAAGAAAACGGAGCUCGAGAAGGAAUCGGAGGAUAAAACGAAAGAACAGGUAGACGAGGAAAAUUAUGUGAGACGAGAUAUCUGCACUGUGAGCAUAGCGGUGCCGGGGUCGAUCCUCGAUAACGCGCAGUCUCCGGUAUUGCGAACUUAUCUGGCGGGACAAAUUGCUCGUGCGGCGUGUAUAUACAAGGUGGACGAGAUCGUAGUGUUCGAUGACAAAGGCGAAGUCACGGAGAAUGAGAAGAAGAAGAUCAGAAAGGACGACGUGUUGGGAGAGAGCAGGAUUGGAUGCGUACAAUUGGCGAGGAUACUGCAAUAUCUGGAGUGUCCGCAGUAUCUCAGAAAGUACUUCUUCCCGAUUCACAACGACUUACAAUACGCGGGUUUAUUGAAUCCUCUGGACACACCUCAUCAUUUGAGACAAUCGGAAAAAUCUUUGUUCCGAGAGGGAAUGAUUACGAACAAGCCUGUUAAAUCUGGCCAUGGUUCGCAGGUAAACGUAGGACUGCUGAAUGAUGUUCAUGUGGACAAGAUACUGACAUCUGGAUUACGAGUGACAGUAAAGAUACCGGCCGAACAACAGAAUCCAAAAAAAUUAAAAGGUAUUCUUGUGCCACCCAGUACACCACGCAUAGAAACCGGAACGUAUUGGGGAUAUACUGUUAGACUAGCUAACAAUCUGACCGAGGUGCUGACUAAAUGUCCUUAUAAGGAAGGAUAUGACUUGACAAUUGGAACCUCUGAUAAAGGAACAUCCAUUGACGAAGUAGAAAAGAAGAGCUUACGUUAUCAUCACUGUCUCAUAGCAUUUGGAGGACUUGAUGGAUUAGAAGCUGCUGUGGAGGCGGAUCCAAAUCUGAACAUUGGCGACGAUCCGUCCUUAGUGUUUGAUAAAUAUGUGAACACAUGCCCUGAACAGGGAUCACGAAUCAUCAGAACAGAAGAAGCUAUUCUUCUGACUCUGGCUGAAUUAAGGACUAAAUUGGUACCUAAAGAAAUUGUUCUCACAGAUAUAAAAUAAUUUAUAGCAAUGAAAAUGUUUUUGUUUUUCAUUUUUUUUGUUUUUUUAUAUUAUCAUUUUA